UCUCUCUCUCUCUCUCUCUCUCUAUACAUACACAUAUAUACAGACACACACAUAUGAAUAUAUAUAUAUGGCUGUGCCACCUGUUGCUGCUAAUAAACAAACAUUAAAAACGCCCUUGAAGUCUGUUCACCUCUGUUGUCCGUCUCUCUGUCUGUCUCUCCCUUUGACCCUAAAACGAAUAUCCUCCAUAACUAUAAAAACCGAACCUUCUCUCUUCUCUCUCUCUCUCUCUCUCUCUCUAUCUUUCUAUAUCAUCACUAUCCUCUCUUUUCUCUUCUAUCAAUAAAUUGAUAAAAGAGACAUGGGUGGUUGCGCGACCAAGCCCAAGGUAUUGACGGGUGACGGAGAGGCCGAGGCCCCGGCUCCGGCUCCUGCUGAGCCAGCCAAGGUGGAGGAAGCUGCGGCUGCUGAAGUGAAGACAGAGACAAAGGAGAAAGGUGUAGAGGUUGUGGAAGAGGAAAAGAAGGUAGUGGAAGGCGAUAAAGUGAAGGAAAUUGUUGGUGAACAGGAAGAGAAGCCACGAUCUCUCAGUAACUUGUUCAAAGAGAAUGAAGGUGAGGCAGAAGCAGAGCCAGUGAAACAAGAAGUGUCCGGAACAGAGAAGCCUAAAGACGAAUCUGAAACCAAGAAACCAGAAGCCGAACCAUCAUCGGAGCCGGCGACAGAUGAACCGUCUGAGCCAGAGAAACCCAGUGAAGAACCUGAAACCAAUGUAGCUGUAAAGACUGAGGCACCAGUUGAGGUUACGGCUGUUGAGCAGACAACUAUCCCAGCUAUUGUUGUUGAGGUUCUUCCAAAGGCUGAAUCAGAGAAAGUCGUUGAUGUAACACCCACAACUGCAGAAACCCAGAUAUCUGAGGAGAAGAAAACUGAAGAAUCAAAGUGAAGUAGUUCUGGUAAUAAUGUGCAAAUUAUGUGUGUUAAGAAUACGAGGAAGGCAGGACAUGCUCCUAUUUAUAUGAAGGUUACUACUGAAGGCAAUAGCUUGAGAAGAUCGCGAAGAGCUCCCUUGGUUUUAGGAAAUUAAUGCUUAUGAGUUGAUUUGUUCUCAAAGUUUUAUUUUUUAAUUUGAGUUUGUUUACUAUUCUAUUUGUGUGGACAUUGAAUUGGUAGAUUAAAUAUCCGACGAUGAGUUUGUUCUUAUUUA